AUGGGGCCUCAAAAUCAAAUUCCAUCACCAUCGUUUUUCAUAAUUAGUCGUGUAUCAUCUGAAAAUGAAACAUUUCACGGUGUGUCACCAUUUCUAGUUGAAAAGGCUAUAUCUGGGCAUAUCGGUGAAGCUAAAGCAAUAAGGAAAAUUCGCUCUGGCGAUUUACUUGUUGAAGUAGCCAAUAAGAAACAAGCUCAAAAAAUUUUGAAAAUUAAAUCUCUGUCAACGAUACCUGUCACUGUUAGUGCACACAGAUCUCUGAACUCUUCUAAAGGAGUUAUUACUUGUGGAGAGCUGUAUAAUGAGGAGACUGACGAAAUUUUAAAAGAAUUACGAAACCAAGGCGUUACGGAAGUCCGGCGAAUAACAAUUAAAAGGAAUGGUAAUGUUAUGAAGACCAAACACCUUAUUCUGACAUUCCACUUUCCAAAGACACCCGAAUUUAUUAAGGCGGGUUACAUGCGAUUAGCUGUCAGACCAUACAUACCAAACCCACUUCGUUGCUUUCAGUGCCAGCGCAUAGGUCACUCCAAAGCUACUUGCCGAGGUACUCUUACCUGUGCCCGUUGUGCUGAGGCCGGGCAUGAGAGCGUUGAUUGCACUGCAAAUGAAAAAUGCGUUAACUGUAAAGGAGAGCAUAGCUCCUUUUCCCGCACUUGCCCUAUCUGGCAAUUAGAAAAGGAAGUACUCUCUGUCAAGGUUAAGAAUCAAAUAUCUUAUCCGGAAGCAAAAAGGAUUGUGAAAGCCCGUCUACCACCGGCUGGCAUUAGUUAUGCAAAAGCGGCAAAGGUAAUAACUCCUUUCACUCCUGGAAAUGCACAGGAUAAAUCGUGUGUAGGUAUUUCCCUUUCUAAUAAUCAGCUAACAACUGAAUUAGAUGCUUCAGAUGCUGGUUCACCACACAAGUUAAAACCAAAGAGGAAAAAAAUUUCAAAAUCACAGAAAUCACUGGCACUGAAACUUUCAAAAACAGGUCGUUCUUCUAAAGACAUUACCUUAGCUCUUUCUACCAAAAAAUCUCUUGCCUUAGAUAUGGCAAAAUCUGGCCUUGUUCGUAAAGACCUAACUUCCUUAUUCGGUGGUCAGCCGAAGAGUCCGGAAUUAUUGCGACUCCAUCCCUCCGAGGAGGAAGAUGAUUUUCAGAUGAGUUGUGAUGCUUCUGCAACUCCGCCUACGAAUGAUAAUAAAAAUUCCCCAAAUAAUUCUUAA